AUGGCUCCCAGCUGUCUGUUGCUUGAUUCCGCGUUUGCCGUGACUCUGAAGAACAUACUACAAGAUGCCAUCGGGCGAUUGACGUCGCCUCGGCCUUCACCUUUCGCUGCGCUAGACAGGCUGCUGAUUUCGAACCUUAUCCAGGUGUCGGUCAGAGAGAGCGACGUGCUCCUUCAUUGCCAUCUCCUGGAGCACUUUGUCGCCAUCAGAUCAAAGAUUGAUGCCUGGACAGAUAAACAUGCAAUUGAUGAGGGCGCAGCUUGGACCUGCUACAUCAACGCUGGCAUUCGUCGACUGACACAGUGGUUCGAGGCCGCGCUUUCCGGCCUUGUCGAUCUCAAUACCCAUAUCCCUCCACUGGAUGUUCUUCUCGUAUGGCAUGCGUUUCUUCAAGACCCAGUCCAGUGGAAACGAUUUACCGACAAGACUGAGGUCGAGUUCUCUGGGUGGAAUUCCGAUGCCUUGGUAAGUGCCAUCGACUGUGCUGUUGAUAGCUCAACAUCUGACUCUACUGUAGUCGAGGGCCCUACAGAAUGA